CCCCCCGCCCGCUGGCUGUCAGUGCGGUGGCUGCGCCGGGAAACAUGGCGUCGGAGGGGAUGAUUUUAACUAACCACGACCACCAAAUCCGCGUCGGGGUCCUCACAGUGAGUGACAGUUGCUUCAGGAACCUUGCCGAGGAUCGUAGUGGGAUAAACCUUAAAGAUCUGGUCCAAGACCCUUCUUUGUUGGGUGGGACUAUAUCUGCAUACAAGAUAGUGCCAGACGAAAUAGAAGAAAUCAAGGAGACGCUGAUAGACUGGUGUGAUGAGAAGGAACUUAAUUUGAUUUUAACAACCGGAGGAACAGGGUUUGCACCACGAGAUGUCACUCCAGAGAAAUUCCCAACAUUCCCAUUAUGUGGGCUCCAGAGAGGGGCCACUAAAGAAGUAAUAGAGCGAGAAGCCCCAGGGAUGGCCCUGGCAAUGCUGAUGGGAUCACUUAAUGUUACUCCUCUGGGCAUGCUCUCUAGACCUGUGUGUGGAAUCAGAGGGAAAACUCUCAUAAUUAAUCUGCCAGGUAGCAAGAAAGGGUCACAGGAAUGCUUUCAGUUUAUACUGCCAGCCCUACCUCAUGCCAUUGAUCUUUUGCGGGAUGCCAUUGUAAAAGUAAAGGAGGUGCACGAUGAGCUUGAAGAUCUACCUUCACCACCACCUCCUCUUUCUCCUCCUCCAACCACCAGCCCUCACAAGCAGACAGAAGACAAAGGAGUGCAGUGUGAGGAAGAGGAGGAAGAGAAGAAGGAUAGUGGAGUUGCCUCAACAGAGGACAGUUCUUCUUCACAUAUAACAGCAGCAGCCAUUGCAGCUAAGAAGCAUCCAUCCUACACCAGUUCAGCUGUUAUCAUGGCAAAAGGUGAACAGCCCAUCCCUGGUCUCAUCAGUUAUUGCCAUCACGCAGCAGGCAGUGCAGAAGAACCGAUUCCAGAUUCCAUCAUCUCUCGUGGUGUUCAGGUGCUUCCACGUGAUACAGCCUCCCUCAGUACUACUCCUUCAGAAUCUCCUCGUGCCCAGGCCACCUCUCGUCUCUCCACUGCAUCCUGCCCAACACCAAAACAAAUUAGACGGCCGGAUGAAAGCAAAGGAGUUGCUAGUAGAGUUGGAUCCCUCAAAGCUCGGCUCCCUUCGUGCUCAUCCACCUAUAGUGUUUCUGAGCUCCACUAUAGGUUGGAAGGGCUUAAAGAUGAACUGAGGAGGAAUAGAGGCUACAACUCGAGAGUCCAGUCUAGGUGCAGCAGCAAAGAGAACAUCCUCAGAGCAAGUCACAGUGCUGUUGACAUUACCAAGGUAGCAAGAAGACACCGCAUGUCUCCGUUCCCAUUGACGUCUAUGGACAAAGCCUUCAUCACAGUUCUGGAGAUGACCCCAGUGCUUGGAACAGAAAUCAUCAAUUACAGAGAUGGAAUGGGCAGAGUCCUUGCUCAAGAUGUAUAUGCAAAAGAUAAUCUACCACCAUUUCCAGCAUCAGUAAAAGAUGGCUAUGCUGUCAGAGCUGCUGAUGGCCCAGGAGAUCGAUUCAUCAUAGGAGAAUCCCAGGCUGGUGAGCAGCCAACUCAGACUGUGAUGCCUGGUCAGGUAAUGCGCGUUACAACUGGUGCUCCGAUUCCAUGUGGUGCUGAUGCAGUGGUACAAGUGGAAGAUACAGAGCUCAUCAGGGAAUCAGAUGAUGGCACUGAAGAACUGGAGGUGCGAAUCCUGGUGCAGGCUCGACCAGGCCAAGAUAUCAGACCUAUAGGACAUGACAUUAAAAGAGGCGAAUGUGUGCUAGCUAAAGGAACCCACAUGGGUCCAUCUGAGAUUGGUCUCUUAGCAACUGUUGGAGUAACUGAAGUAGAAGUUAACAAGUUUCCAGUGGUUGCAGUCAUGUCAACAGGGAAUGAGCUAUUGAACCCUGAGGAUGACCUCUUGCCGGGAAAGAUUCGGGACAGUAACCGUUCAACUCUCCUAGCUACAAUCCAAGAACAUGGCUACCCAACAAUCAACUUGGGAAUUGUGGGAGAUAAGAAGCCAGAUGUUUUUAAAGAAGAAGGGACACAGAGCUUCCAGAACCCUGCGGAGACAGGCGUACCAGAUUGCCCAGAUGAUUUACUGAAUGCAUUGAAUGAGGGUAUCAGCCGUGCUGAUGUGAUCAUUACAUCAGGAGGUGUAUCUAUGGGGGAAAAGGACUAUCUUAAGCAGGUGCUGGAUAUUGAUCUUCAUGCACAGAUUCACUUUGGCAGAGUUUUUAUGAAACCAGGCUUGCCAACAACUUUUGCAACUCUGGAUAUUGAUGGUGUAAGAAAAAUAAUCUUUGCUCUCCCAGGCAACCCUGUGUCAGCCGUCGUCACCUGCAAUCUCUUUGUUGUUCCUGCAUUGAGGAAAAUGCAGGGUAUCCUGGAUCCUCGGCCUACUAUUAUCAAAGCCAGGUUAUCAUGUGAUGUAAAAUUGGACCCCCGCCCAGAAUAUCACCGGUGCAUACUGACUUGGCAUCACCAAGAACCACUACCUUGGGCACAGAGUACAGGGAAUCAGAUGAGCAGUCGUCUGAUGAGUAUGCGCAGUGCCAAUGGACUGUUGAUGCUACCUCCAAAGACAGAGCAGUAUGUGGAACUUCACAAGGGGGAGGUGGUGGAUGUCAUGGUCAUUGGAAGGCUAUGAUGUCACCAGCAAGAACGAAGCUUUGAUGCAUGUCCACAUAUCAUUGACUGUAUCCUGUAAUAUGCAACGGCACAGCUAGUUUUUCUGAUUUGGAUAAAAGUUGAUCAGUAUAGUCAACAUCUUGAAUUAUAUUUCAAAUGGAAUUUAAAUAAAUACCUUUUAAAAAAACCCUUUAAAACAGAUCUUAACAAAGAAAUUUAUUCUGAUUAUAUCAAAGCAACUUUUUCCUUUCCUUGCAAUUGCUUUGUGUGUUCAAUGCUAGUUCUAAUAGCGGUAGCUUUUCGUAGACAGCAGUAGGUGCCUGCAGAAACUUGUGUUUUUUCUCAUCUUUAAGAUACAACUACUUAAGCUCUUAAGACAAGGCUGUCUGCUUAUUUAUACUAGCGUAGACAACACUUGGAUUUCCCUUAUUAGUAUGCUUCAUAACUGCUUCACAGAGAGCUUCUGCUUGUUCUUUAUCUUGUAUCUCGUGUUGAUGUGCACAGUGCCAAAAGCAGAGUGGCUGCACUGGGAACGCGAUGAAGCCCUGAAGUUUUCACACCCCGACGCCCAUUCAGGGAACUCUCUUGUCCUGGCAGCCACCCAGCUCAGUACUCUUGGGCAGUAACUGGAUACCUUUUAUUUCAAUGAACAAAAAAAACCUGCUUCCUUAAGUGCUGACAGCCUUUUUAACCAAUACAUUAAAAAAAUGUACAGAACUAAAAACUUUAAAAAAUCAAAGACUGAUCUUGUACAGAUAUUAGUGUUACCAGCAUUCAUGUGGAAAUUAAAUGAGCAAAGAAAUAAAACUAAUGUUAAAGAACUCUGUACCAUAACAUUUUCUGUAAUGAUAUUGAAACUUAAAUGAAUAAAAAAAUCCUCAAUCAUUAUUUAAAA